UUCUCUUAUAUGGCAACUAGCGAAGAGCGCCAGGGGACUCUGAAUCUCUUAGUCCUCUCAAAUUUCUUCUCAAAUGGAGAUUUUUGAAUCCAUCCCUAUUGCUCUCAUGGUUGCCCUUCUCUCCAGCCAUCGUUUGAGCUAGGCUUUGCCUAUCUUCUCACUUGGCCGCCGUGUGGAAGUAGGAGGAGCCAGAGAACCCAAUUUUGAUCUUCUUUGAGUUAAUUUACUCUUUGUGUGAUUUAGGUUAUUGAUUUGGAUUUAGAUCUCAUCUGAAUCUGUGAUAAAGGUGACAACUUGGGCAGUGAAUGAAGGAAAGAUCCGAUUUUUGGAGUUUUUUGUUGGUUUUGUGAUUGGGAAAGGAGGGAGCUUUGGCGGCCGGCAUGCGGCGGAGGGCGGCCGAGUUCCGGCGCCCACAGAGGAGGAGGUUUUCUGGAUGGAUCUGGUGGAUGCUUGGGGCUUUCUUCGUUGUGGGUUUGUUUAUGUUUGUCAUUCAUCAUCAUCAUCAUGAGGACACCUUCAGGCCGCCAUUAAUGGAGACCAGUCCUGAAAUUGAGGAAGCAACUGAGAGUAGUUUAAAUUACACACAAGAGUUGUUAAGCAGCACCUCCUUUGCAAGGCAAUUAACUGAUCAAAUGGCAUUAGCCAAAACUUACGUGGUUAUGGCGAAAGAGCAUAAUAACUUGCGACUCGCAUGGGAACUCAGCUCACAGAUCAGGAAUUCCCAAAGAUUGCUCUCCCAAGCAGCUGUCCGAGGGCAAGCAGUCUCUUUGGAAGAAGCGCAUCCUAUAAUUAGAAAGUUGUCACAACUGAUCUACAAGGCUCAAGACUCUCAUUAUGAUAUCAGCACAACAAUAACAACUUUAAAGAAACACGUUCAGGCGCUUGAAGAACGUUUUAAUGCAGCAACAGUGCAGAGUGCCGCGUAUGGUGAAUUGGCUGCUGAGGCGGUGCCAAAGAAUCUCCAUUGUUUGCAUGUUAAGCUGACAAUGGAGUGGUUUAGAAAUCCAUCUCUUAGAAAACUAGCAGAAGAGCAAAGGAACUCGCCUAGACUUGUGGACAAUAACCUUUAUCAUUUCUGUGUCUUCUCAGAUAAUGUGUUGGCAACUUCGGUCGUUGUUAAUUCCACUGUCUCAACUGCUGAUCAUCCACAGCAAUUUGUGUUCCAUGUGGUCACUAACAGGGUCAACUACCAAGCAAUGGCAGCCUGGUUUCUUAUGAAUGACUUCAAAGGAUGUACAGUAGAAGUUAGAGUAAUAGAAGAAUUAAAUUGGUUGAAUGCUUCUUACUCCCCGUUGCUGAAACAGCUAUUAUCUGAAGAAGGAACAAGCAAAGGUGAAGUGAAUUUCAGGCAUCCAAAUGCUCCAUCUUUACUGAAUAAUCUGAGAUUUUAUGUCCCAGAAUUACUCCCGCUCUUAGAAAAGGUUGUUUUUCUCGAUGAUGAUGUUGUGGUGCAAAAAGACCUGACAUUGUUAUUCUCUCUGGAUUUACAUGGAAAUGUAAAUGGUGCUGUGGAGACUUGCCUCGAAGCAUUUCAUCGGUUUUAUAAGUAUCUGAAUUUCUCCAAUCCGUUAAUCAGUUCAAAAUUUGAUCCACAAGCUUGUGCUUGGGCGUUUGGAAUGAACAUAUUUGAUCUGAUUUCAUGGAAGAAGGCUAAUUUGACUGCACGGUAUCAUUAUUGGCUGGAGCAGAACACAGACAGAAUGCUUUGGAAGACUGGGACACUUCCUCCUGGCCUUCUGACAUUUUAUGGGUUGGUGGAACCUCUUGACAGACGAUGGCAUGUGUUGGGCUUAGGCUAUGACAUGGAUAUCGAUGAUCGUCUCAUUGAAAGCGCUGCAGUGUUACAUUUCAGUGGCCAUCUGAAACCAUGGAUGAGAUUAGCAAUAGGCAGGUACAAGAGUUUAUGGGAACGGUACAUCAAUUAUUCACACCCGCAUCUAAGGGAUUGUAUCGUUCACUAAAUCAUCAUAAAAUUCUUCAGUAAUCAGAAUAGGACAUAAUUUCUCCAUGAAGAAGACACAACCAUGUGAACUCCAUCCCUUCAAUUCGGGUUCGUGAUCCAAAAUGAAACAAAGAUCAAUCAAUGUGCUGCUACCUUACGGCCGAAGAACUUGCAUUUACCAUGUGGUAGAUCAUCACAUGUUUCAGUCUGCAGAAACACAUUAAACAUUACUGACAGAAUGCGGGCUAUUAUCAGAAACCUUUUUUGUUAUUUCUCAUUCAAAUUAAUUUGGACCACUUGGUUUCGAUAUAAUAUUUAAUAAUUCACGCUUGACUAGAUUUCCUUCUUAGUAUUUCCUUUUUUUUUUUCUGCAACUCACUUGACCAACAUUGGCCAAUUUCACACUAAAAGACAGAAAGAUUUGAGAAGAAGAUACAUUGAAUCUUCUGGCACUUGGUAGUCAAUGAUUUAAGUUAGUCAAUUGAAGAAGGAAUGCUUAUCCCUUGAUCUUGAUUGGUUCCAACUUGGCGGCCAAUUUCUUUGUUUAAUGAU